AUGCCGCAUCGCCUCGCCCUCGUCCAUCGCCGCCCGGACUCCCUCGCCGGCCUGCUUCAUCUCCGUCGCGACGUCCCCGUCCCCCCACCACGAGCCCCGCUGCCCAGUCCCCUACUUCCCCUCGUGAGCCCCCCUCUCCUCGUCUCUCGCUCGUCCCUGCAUCGUCGCGCCCCGCCCCGCCCGGCGUGCCCCGCGCGCGCGCACGCCCGAACCUCGCCUCGCUCUGUCGCUUCACUCGCCGCGGCCUCGUCCCGCGCAGGUGCGCGCCAGCGCCCGCCGCGGCCACCACUCCGGCCGCUCGUUGCGCUCACCGCGGCCCUGCCGCGCCCGCGCCUCCCUCGCCCUGCUCCGCCUGCCGCGCCACUCCGGCCCCCUCCCCGCUCAUGCCGAGCUCGCUCCCUGCUCCACCACACCACCACCACGCCGGCUUGCCUCGCUGCUGCUCCAGCCGUGCGCGCGCGCACGACGUUGCCUGUGCACGUCGCCUCCCUGCUCCUCUGCUACGGCGGCCCCCGCCUCCCCAACAUUUGCUCGACCCGCCGCUCGCUGCCUGUAGCCCGUCGCCCCUACCUGCGUCGCUUGCCGGCCGCGCCUGGCCUCACCGGGGCCGCGCCGUGGCCGCCCUCUUCCUUCCCCGGCGGUUGCGGCCGCUCGUUGCGGUGGCCGCCGGCGCACCGCCAGUACCGCCCCUGGCCUGGGCAACUGGCCUAA